AUGAAUAAUAGUCAAAUGACUUCUUCAACUAAAUUGACUAAUGCUAAAUCUAAUGUUUUUAACGAAAAGAUCAUUGACGAAUUUAUUAAUUAUGAAAUUGAACAAGGUUUUCCCGGCGCUGCUCUGAUCGUAAUUCGAUAUGGUAAAAUAUUGAAACAAACCGUUUAUGGUUACAAAUUAAAAUAUAAUGAAAACGGGACAUUGAUAGAACAACCACAAUUGUUAACAUUAGAUUCAAUGUUUGAUUUGGCAUCAUUAACUAAAAUGUAUGCAACUAAUUAUGCUCUUAUGCUCCUGGUAGAGCAGGGAAAACUCAACGUCGAUGAUCAAGUUACAAAGUAUAUACCGGAAUAUUCUGGAUGUAAUCCUGAGAACGAAUGUCGUGAAACAAGAUUAAUAAAAGAUUUAUUGACACAUACAGCUGGAUAUGCUCCAAGUGUUGAGUUUUACGAUCCGAAAUUAGUUUCACCAGAUUUAUACUCUCAAGAUAAGAACAGAACAGAGCAAAUUAUUGAGACAAAAUUAAGAUUUCAACGAUCAAGAGGUGGUGAUCAAUUACCAGUUUAUUCUGAUAUUGAUUAUAUGCUAUUGGGUCUAAUUGUGGAACGUGUAAGUGGAAUGCCAAUUGAUCAAUAUGCAAAUAUCAAUAUUUAUCAACCACUCGGCUUAACACAUACAUUGUUCAAUCCUCUAAAUAAUACAAAUUAUAAAAAAGCCGAUUUUGCGGCAACUGAAUUGAAUGGUAAUACACGUAAUGGUACAAUUAUGUUUCCCAAUGUGCGUAAAUAUGUAUUACAAGGCCAAGUCCAUGAUGAAAAAUCAUUUUACUCAAUGAAUGGUUUAUCAGGACAUGCUGGUUUAUUUUCAAAUUUAUAUGAAAUGGCAAUUCUAUGUCAAAUCAUGUUAAACAAUGGCACAUAUGGAAAUAUUCAGUUCUGGAAGAAAAAUGUGCAAGAUCGAUUUCUAAUCCCAUAUGCACAUGAUCCAUCCUACGGAUUGGGAUGGCGGCUAAAUUUUAACAAAUCUCUACCAUGGUUCGGUCUGCAUGCCUCCGAUGAGGCUUACGGUCAUACAGGGUGGACAGGGACAUGCUCCGUUAUUGAUCCAAAGUAUUCAAUGGCAAUUAUUUUAUUAACUAAUAAACGACAUACACCAUGUAUCAAUGGAACCUUUGAUGGUGAAAAAUACGAGACAGGAAAAUAUGGAAAAAUAAUGACACUAGUCUAUGAGUCACUGUUAAUACACAAACAUUUAAAUUUAAACCUUUAG